AACCAUAAACUCGACCAAACUUAUUCUGUUAGUAAAUAACAAUGACCGAGAAUACAAGCCGGUCAAGAAACAUCUCAUUCGAGCAAUUAAAAUCCCUAAUAGACUUCAUGGGACAGCAUAUUGAAUUUGCCACUGGUAAUUGCCGUACUUUAGAAGCUCGACAUGCAUCGAAACGUUUGUGGGAUGAGUUAACAAAAACCCUAAACAACAGUCGCACGGGCACUAAGAAAACUUCAGAUGGAUGGAGUAAGUAUUGGAGUGAUUUCAAGAAUAAGUUAAAAAACAAAAUUAGCAUAUUAAACAAGAGACCGCGAUCAACAUCAGCAUCAAAGAAAGGUAUAACACCAUUAAGUAAACUGGAAAAGAGAGCUCUUGUUAUACUGGGACCUUAUUUUGAGAGGAAAAAGGCCAGGAGAAAGUGUGAAUUUUCUAACAAAGCAAUCUCUAGUCAAAUGCCACCAGAAAUAAAGUUAGAAGCUUAUCAAGACGAUGUUUUCAGUGAGUUCAGUAAAGCUCAAAGUGACACCAGCGAUAGACUAUCAGAUGGGGAUGGAGUUGAAGAAUGUAUGGAUAUUAAUAAUGAAUUUGAUGAAGAUUCUGAACAAAAUUCAAAUGAACCCCUCAUACAAAGUCUGUAUCCGAAAUGGUUGAUUCAAGUCGAGAAAAAACGCGCGGAGGCUGAACUGAUCCGAGCAAAAGCUGAAGAGCAUAGAGCAAGUGUGGCCGCUAAGAGUGCUGAAGCAAUGUUACUGCAGGCUGAGGCACUGAGACAUAUGUCUGAAGCUGCCACGACCCAAGCGGAAGCCAUGACGCGGAUAGCCAUAGCAUUGGAGAAUAGAAAUAGGGACAAUAUGUCAAUAUGAUUUGUGGUCUAUGUUACAUAUUACGAUAAAUGGAAAUUAGCACUUAGUAUGCCACGAGGGUUUUCUCAAAGUGAACUUGCAAACUGAGUUAGUGGCAAUGAAUGUGUUAUAUUGUGUAGGCUACUUUGAGAAUUUUUGCUUUUGUGAGCUCGACUGGAUGGAACGAUUCCGUAUUCUGCGGACAAGAAGUACGCUCUGGUCGUGAAGUGAAUAUCUUAUGGAGUUACGUACGUUUUAGGCUGGUUUUAGAGUCACACUGACCACAUGUUGGCAAAAGACAGGCAAAAUGUGUCAAUUGCAUGAAUUCAGUUGGUCGUUUGCCACCUUUUGAUUAAAAAAAAACUUCAAGGGAGCUUCCAAACUGAUAGCUAUUCGUUAUUCUAAAACGCUUAUUAGACAUUGAAAUAGUUAAGCUGUCAGCGUUGAUGAUCAGCGUGCACUGAUCUCUAUAAUAGGAUAGGCGAUUGCUAGGAAAUGAAGCUUUUGCUUCGUUCGACAGUUAAUUUUAUCUAUAUUACUUCGAAUCCACACCAUUUCUACAAACCGCUACGAUCAGCACCAAAAUGGUAAAUAAGCACAGAAUACUAUGUCUUAUAGCCAGUCCAUUUAUAGAGGUCAGCGUGCGAUAAGGGUGACUAAAGUCUUAAAAUACCACAUCAAUACAACUAAGGUUGUAAUAAAUGGAUAAGUAUUGUGGUACGUAAGACUUGAUGGAAUGAUAAUUAAAUCUCAAGAUUUAUUAUAUAAAGAAUUAAGAAAUAAACGUCAAAAUUUAUGGAUUUAAACA